CGUGUGUGCAGGCUGCAGCUCUGGCUGCUCAGCACUGAACUCCCUCUGUCACAUUUGCUGGGGAGCUCCCAGGCAGUGGUGGGGAAUGAAGGGUGAGAUGUCAUUCAUGUAGCUGUGGAAGGCUUUAUCAGCCCUUGCGGAGGCUUUCCCCUGCACACAGCACUCAAGGCUGGAGCUAUAGUGGAGGAAAAUGGAGCCUGUAGAUCUUCUGGCACUUGCCUCCCUAGAAAUGAAGAGUACCACAGUCACCCUGGCUUUGCUGGCAGUCUUCCUGCUCCUGCUCUAUUGGUACUCCACAUCUGCAUUCUCCAAACUAAGCAGAGUAGGGAUCCGACAUCCUCCACCUCUUCCUUUCAUUGGAAACCUGCUCUUUUUCCGUGAGGGUUUUUGGGAAAACCACACAAAACUCAUAACAGAGUAUGGACCUGUUUGUGGGUAUUAUAUUGGUCGCCAGAUGUUUGUGGUGGUCUCCUCACCAGAGAUGAUCAAGCAAAUCUUAGUAACAAAUUUUAGUAACUUCACCAACAGAAUGAAACCGAACCUGAUAUCCAAGCCAAUGCUUGAUAGCAUCCUUUGUCUUCGUGAUGACAGAUGGAUGUAUGUGCGGAGCCUCCUGACCCCAGCCUUCAGCGAUACCAAACUGAAAGAGAUGACACCACUGAUAAACCAGGCCUGUGAUAUCCUCCUCUGUAACUUGAAAGUCUACGCAGAUUCUGGCAAAGCUUUUGAUAUCCAGAGGUGUUACAACUGUUUUACCUUGGAUGUUGUUGGUAGCGUAGCUUUUGGUACUGAAGUGGAUUCUCAGAAGAAUCCUGAUGACCCCUUUGUUAAGAAUUGCAGAACAUUCUUUGAAAUGUCUUUGUUCAAGCCUCUUCUCAUUCUAAUCCUUUCAUUCCCAUGCAUAAUGAUCCCAUUGCUACGCAUUUUUCCCAAUAAGAAACAAAAGGAACUGAAUGGAUUUUUUAUCCAAACCAUAAAAAAUGCAAUUGUCUACAGACACCAGCAAGAUGCAGCUGAGAGGCGCAGAGAUUUUCUCCAGUGGAUGCUUGACGCCUGCGACUCAGCCGGGUGCUCGGCUGUGCUCGGCCCAUCUGCUGCUCCCACACAGCACGAGGCGCCUCUGGCUGGCACGGCCCCAGCUGAAAAGGCUCAGAAGGCACUAACAGAGGAUGAGAUAGCAGGCCAAGCUUUCCUGUUCCUGAUCGCCGGCUAUGAGACCACCACGAGCACGCUGUCCUUUGCCACUUACUUGCUGGCCACCAACCCAGAGUGCCAGGAGAAGGUGCUUCGGGAGGUCGAUGAGUUCUCUGCAAAACACGUGAUCCCUGAUAACAGGAAAUUUGUAGAUCUGUGCAGCCCCAUCCUUCAAAAGAGUUCCUUUUAUAAACAGUUCAUGAUUUGGCAGGGGGGUGGGAGGGGGCAAUACACUGCUCAAGGAGCCAAUCCCAGAAUAAGGAAAAGAGGGCAGCGGUUCAGUCCCCUUAGUGUCUGCAAUUAACUACUUUUAGCCUAGAAAAUGAGAUCUAUGUGAACGGUUUGCAAGUUAUGGGAGCAGAAGCUAUUUUAGAACUGGGUAUAUAUAGAUGCUGUGUUCAGUUGUCAUGCAAGAGAGAGGAAGGGAGGGGACAGAAGCUACAGGCUCACAGUUAGUUAUCAAGUCAGUUGCUAAGAAAUUUGAUUAGGUUAUUGCUUUUACUCAGCUCAUCAGCUUUGCUCUUAUCAAGGUGCUUUGAAAUUUUCAGAAUGGAAGGGCUUUAGUAGGCCAAAACAUAGGGAAUAGUACAGUCAGAUUGUUUUUGACAUGUGGUGGAAGACUGUUUUGAUUUGCAGAUGUGCAAGUAUUAAAGACGGUACCCUCUUCAGCCAAAUUUAUACUCAGGUAAUUAUAACUACAAAAUGCCCUCCACCACGUCCCCCUUCUGUCCUCCAUCCAUUUCAGUUGCCUGAUGCAGCAUGUUUUAUUGCCCUAAUCUGUGGUGUGGAGCUGCAGUCUGAUUUUAUAGCAGCUGCUGUGUAUCAUCCCAGAGAUGAUUGUACUUUGGUAGUGGACGAGUGAUUUAUAUACUUAUUUACCAAAGUUUAUAAAGACAUGUGAGAGCCAUCUGAGAAAAGGUGCUAUAAAUGACAGGCACAGUUCCAGCUCUUUGGCACACCAGUCAAAAACACAAAGCAUGGUCACCUUGUAAUAGCCUUUAAUGGAGCCAGGUUGGUCCACCUGGGCAGACAGCUGUAUUUUGGUGGCUCUGAGUGUUGUACUUGAGGACACCUCUGCCUUUGCUGUGAUCUUAAUUUAUCUGUCUUGCACAGUGGGUACAUUGUGGAGCAUAAAGGGGGUGGAGAAAGCUGAAGCGCUGCUGUGUUAGAGAACCCUGGGUGGGCAUGGUGCAGACUGCUGUGGCGUGGUGCAGAAAUACAAAGCUAGGUGUUGGAAGUGUCUAGUCCCAAUGCUGGGAGUCAGAUUCCCAGAGGAGAGACAGGUCCAUAUUAUCCUGCUCUGUUGUGUCCAGCCAACUUUGUUUCAGAGUUGUCUUGGGAGAUCUCACUGCCAAUCUCCACCAUACAGCCUGUGGAGAUGGCACUUCCAGGUAAGUGCCAUCAGAAAACAGUGUCUGAGUGAGUCACAGGUUGUCAUGUGUUUCUUUUUACCUCCAGGACCAUCCUCAUCUGCUUGUUGAGGGACUUUUUAGGUCUUUCCUUGACUGAUAGCUCAGUGUCGAGGCUUCAUGGUGUCUCUUUCUCUCAAAGUGAGAAGAGGUACUUGGUCCAUUUUAGAGUCUGGUAAGCAGGAGAAUCCUCUAGCUCGGUUAUUGUAGAGGGCAAGACAUUGCCUCCUCACCUCUAUCUGGGUCUUUAGGGUAUAGGAAAAGGGCAUGCAGAGCUUUUAAUCUUUGGGGUAGCAGAGAAACAAAAUACUGAGUGGUGAUUUCUUGUCACGACACGCUGCAUCUUCCCAUUCUACUUUUGAAUCCCUGUGUGUGCUCCAACUGUACUGGAAAAGACAAGGAUAAUUCUUCUAACACACAAAUAAAAAUUCAAAUUAUAGAGACUUUGACCUGACACUCUUCAUAAAUCCCUUGGGAGUGUAGUGUAUGCCCUGUGAAGGGCAAUCUGCUAAAAAUAAGAUGCACCUAUUUGCUGCAAGCUUGUUGCUGGGUGUGCAGCUUGCUUUGAUACCAUGAAAGCAAAAUAAACAAGAUGAAAAGAGAGUUAAAUAUGAACUAGUGGGGGCAGGACGCCUACCUCCAUGUCUGUAUAAAAUAAUAUUACUUUCUGCAGAGACCACAGAUCUGGGACAGCAGAGAGGGGUCAGAUCCUCAGAUGGGUUAAACUGGUACAUGUUUGGUAUUAGUACAGGUAUGGUGAUAUGCAUCAGCUGAGAAGCAAGCCUGGUAUAUACCAGUACAGGAGGGCAUGGGGAAAAAAAAAGGUUACUAUUUCAAGACCAGAUUAUUUUUACAGUGUUUGUGGCUAACCAUCCCUGAACUGUUAGAGGCUAUACAGUUGUGAAAGAGAUGCUUUUUAUCCACGUUCACCAAGUGAGAAAGAAUGCACCCAUGGUCUUCACCCUCUCCGUUUCAGUCAAAAAUGAUCCCUGUGC